AUGUUAGUCACAAGAGAAUUAAUUACUGAUAAUGAACUUCGUCGUUUAGCUGAUAAAUAUCAUAAUCGUCAUCCGACAUUAUAUCAAAGUAUAUAUGAUGAUAUAUUACAUAAAUUUAAAUCCAUUUGGUCAACAGACGAUGUUGAAUAUAAAAAAGUUCUUGAAAAUAUUUUUUUACGUUUAAAUUCUUCAUCGAAUAGACGAUCACUUGGUGAUCAAAUUGAAUCAAUUAUUGAACAUAUAACAAAAUAUUUUAUUCAAUUAAAAUUAAUUAAAGAAGAAGAAGAAGAAGAACAAUAA